AUGACCAAAUAUUCUAAAGUGGUUCUUUUGGUUAUAGAUGCUCUUCGAUUUGAUUUUACAAUACCAGUGAGUGGAUCAGGUGAAUAUUAUCAUAACCAGUUUCCUAUUCUUCAUGAAAUGGCCCAAACUGAUCAUGGGUUGUUGCUUAAGUUUAUGGCUGAUCCACCUACAACUACCCUUCAAAGACUAAAAGGAUUGACCACGGGUUCGCUACCAACCUUCAUUGAUGCCGGAUCUAAUUUCAAUAGUGAUGCUAUUGAUGAAGACAAUUGGUUGUUACAAUUGCAUAGACAAAAUAAAAGCAUUGCAUUUAUGGGCGAUGAUACUUGGACUGCAUUAUUCACAGAAUAUAUAAAUCCUCAAUUAUGCUAUCCCUAUGAGUCUUUGAAUGUGUGGGAUUUACAUACUGUUGAUAAUGGAGUCAUUGAGCAUUUGUUCCCUUUACUUGCACAAGAAAAUGCCACACAAUGGGACUUUUUAAUUGGCCACUUUUUAGGUGUUGACCAUGCUGGCCAUAGAUACGGUCCUAAUCAUUAUGCAAUGAGAGAAAAAUUGCAACAAAUGAAUGAUGUUAUUUCUGAUGCCAUUUCCCAAAUAGAUGAUGAUACAUUGUUGAUUGUUUUUGGAGAUCAUGGUAUGGAUUCCACAGGAAAUCAUGGUGGUGAUUCCAAAGAUGAAUUGGAAGCUGCUUUAUUCAUGUAUUCUAAACAACAAAAGUUUAAUAAGAAAUCCAAUAGCUCAUAUGAUAUUUCCAAUCAGGGGAAUAACUACAGAAUGGUUAAUCAAAUUGAUCUUGUUUCAACUAUUUCAUUAUUAUUAGGUUUGCCCAUCCCUCAUAAUAACUUGGGGACUCCAAUUGAUGAGUUAUUUACUACUGAAAAUGGAGAACUAACUCAGGCAUUCGUCAAAACUUUGAACCAACUUCAAACAUUCAAAAGCUCAAACCCAUCAUUACUGGAUAAUUUAGAUGUCAAGUAUAAUGCUUUAAUAAGUCAUAUUGAACUGGAGAACGUUGAAGAUUUUGAAAAGGCAUACAAAGGUUAUCAAGUAACAUUCUUAGAAGAAUGCAAAUCCUUAUGGGCCAAAUUCGAUAUGGGUUUGAUUUCCACCGGAAUUGGAAUUAUGUUCCUUUCAUUAUUAUUCAUAAUUACCUAUUCCAGAUCUAUUCCCUCUAUUAGAGUUCUGACAAUGUCAUUUGAAUUCAUUGGAUCUGUUAUUGCUAUGUCCUUAGUGGGAAUAGUAUUAAGUUUCUCUGUUUUCAUUGUACUCAGACCAGAUGGAUUCAACGUGAAGAAAUGUCUCGCAACAGGGUUUGCAUUGGGUAUAAUCAUUGGUUUUUGGGCACCUAUUAUGGAUCGUUUCAGUCUUGAUUGGCUUGUUCAUCUGGUUAUUGAUUUCUUUGUCUAUAACUUCAAUACCUUUUCUUUCUUGGGAAUCGUGUUUUCUAUUUUGCAUUGUCUUGUAUUUGCUUCCAAUUCUUUUGUGGUUUGGGAAGACAAAAUGAUACUGUAUUUCAUUACCACUUUUGGAAUCUGUUGCUUGAUUCAUUGUUUAUUGGAUAGACGAAUUUCUACAACUCAAAGAGUCCUUGGUUCUCUGCAUGCAUUAACGUUUCUCAUUCUUUCAAGACUUGCUUCCAAUAUUAAUUUAUGUCGUGAAGAACAAAGACCUUAUUGCACACCUACAUUUACAACAAAUUGGUGGUCUAUUAUUUUGCUUCAUUUAAUGUCCUAUUUGCUUCCCUCCACGAUCAAAUAUUUUUACAAAUUAUCUAAUAGCUACCAUUCUGCUGGACCAUUGUGGAUUGGAAUUGGACUCAAAUUUUUGAUGACUUUUAAUGCUUCCUAUUGGACCAUUGAAUAUAUUGAAAACAACCAAGAAUCAUUUGGAAUUAAUAAAAUUGUUUGGUUGAAUAGAAUUUUGUUUGAAAGUGGUCUUUCAAAAUCAAUGAAGUUAGCAAUAGCUAGACUUGUUUUAUUUGUGUCUCUUAUAUUAGCCAAUUUCAGUUGGUCCCGAGGACCACUCUGUGUUAAAUUGGAUUUCAAGCAACAAUCCCCAUCAUAUGUUGAAGAAACCACUGUUAUAAAACAUCACAUUGCAAAAAAUGAGUCACCUGAAGAUGAAAUUGUUGUCAUAGAAGAGAUAGAAGAGGAAGAUGAAGAAGAUGAAGAACAAGAACAAGAACAAGAAGAGAACUCAAUUAAAAGGAAAGAAGUAGAAGUUGAUGCAUUAGCUCCUUCCGAAGUUGAACAAUUAGUAAAAGAAGUGGAAGAAGAAGAAGAAAAUUCACCUGAAGAAUCGUCAGUUCCUGUUCCUUCCACAGUUAAUGCUAUUUUAGGAUAUGAAAAUGUUUAUGGCGCUUCAUACUUUUUACUUGUGUUGAAUUUUGCAGCUGGGAUUCUUUUGGUAACCAAACCAAUUGGUGCCAUUUCACUUUGUAUGCUUCUUAUUCAAAUUUUGUCAUUAUUAGAGUUAUUUGACAUUUUGCAAUUGAAGCGUAAUUUGAUAUCACCCAUUGUUUUAUGUUUAUUGGGGUAUCAACACUUUUUCAGUACUGGUCAUCAAGCUACAAUUCCUUCAAUUCAAUGGGAAUUAGGAUUUAUGACAACAGAAACAAUCACUUUCCCAUUUACGCAUUUGAAUAUACUUUUAAACACUUUUGGAUCAUUUAUUAUUGUUUGUCUUGUUGUUCCAUUAAUUACGUUGUGGAAUAUCCCACCCACCAAUCGACCAAUUACGGCUCUUGCUUACGUUAUCACCAAUAUCACCACAAUGAUGACUUACCAUACGUUAACAAGCAUUUCUAGUUUGAUUUUUGCGGCAUAUUUCAGAAGACAUUUGAUGGUAUGGAAGAUCUUUGCUCCAAGAUUCAUGAUGAGUGGUCUUUUAUUAAUUGUUGUGGAUAUAGUUUUGAUCUUGUUUACCCUUUGGUUUGGCACAGGACGUACGAUGCUUCAAGUCAACAAUAUUUUUGGCUGA